AUGCUUGUCGAACUAUUCGGGAUAUGCUUGAAAGGGUUUUUUUUUAGUCUUAUCAACUAUGUUGUGAGCGAUCAACAAGCUGACCUCGGCAACGGCUAUUACGAAACACUUCUUCGAAAAGUGAAUUCCAUUGACAGUGCAACUGCUGAAAACGACAGUGCUUUAAAGCAGAUAGAUCUGGAUUUGGCGCGAACAUUGCCCACAAAUAGGUAUUUUGAUGAGCCCACAUCGGAAAAAAUUGUUAUUCUUCGUCGCGUACUUUAUGCAUAUCGCUUCCACAAUAAAUCCGUUGGAUACUGCCAGGUGCUUUAG